GCCGGGAGGAGCCCUUAGUGCUGCCAGGGAGUUCCCCCUCCAAAGCAGCCAUUUUCUCCAGGGGAAAUGAUCCCUGUUGUCUGGAGUUAGAACGGGGAGGUUUCCAGGCACCGCCUGGAGGUUGGCAGCCUUCCCCCCUCUUGAUUUCCGCUGUGCAAUCUGCCUUAAUUCUCAGUCCGAAAUGCACACUCCAUAGAGAAAGGUAGAGGUGCAAGCACCGGGUGGCUACUGACCCGUGGGAUGACGUCACUAGGCAGACUGUGUUUAUGGGGUGGUUUGCCAUGGGCGCUCCCCGUCGUCUACACUUUGCCCCCAUUGUGAGACGCCCAACGGGCCUUUGUCUGUGGGAGCUUGUGGAUUUCCUAACCUUGGACAUGGAGAUUUCGUGUGGACGUUAAAUAACAUGGACCGGCUUUUCCACUGCUGGAAGACCAACAUGACUGUGGGACUGCACUGGCACCAUUAUCUAGGCGGUGGACAGCAACCUUGAAGUGCGUUGUUCAAGUGAGAGCAGUAAAGGAGCCACUGAUAGACUUUGCAUCCCAUCCCUGCCAGGUUGCUGACUGCCCACUUCCUUUCCAAGAUGGCUGAUCUGAACCGGCAGUUGCAAGAAUACUUGGCCCAGUCGAAGGGGGGCAGCAGCUCAGCAGUCGUGUCAGCACCUCAGAGCUCAUCGCGGGAUGAACUAGAUGAUUCUGGGCCAGGCUGGGGAGCUUGGUUCAGCAAGAUGAAUCCUUUCCCUGCCACAGGAACAUCGCCUUGGGCAGCUGAGCCAGAACCAGACCCAUGGCUGCCAACAGGCCUGUCGCGUUGGCAGCGCCUAGUGGGAAGCGCGUUGUGUCUUUUGCUGGCAGUUCUGUGCUUUAGCCUUGCUGCCCUCUACGGUUCGCUCCUGCUGCUCAGAAAGUUUGCCCUGCUUUGGUCCCUGGGCUCGGUCUUUGCACUGGCUGCCGCUGGCUUCCUGCGGGGCCCAAGUCGUCUCCUCGGUGAGCCUGACCGCCGUGGCCUGGCCCUUCUUUACUUGGGCUCUGUGGGUGGCACCCUGUAUGCUGCACUUGGUCUCCGGAGCACCUUGCUUACCACUGUUGGUGCUGCUAUCCAAUUGGUGGCUGGUGGAGCCUAUUUGUUGGCCUCUCUGCCUGGGGGCACUGCAGGACUACGCUAUGUUGGUGGGUUCUUAACCAGUUUUGUACGGCGGCGUGUGUCUAAAACUCUCCCAGUGUGAGGGCAGCUGUUGAGCUGUUGGAUGCCUCUGGGUAAAGAAAUCUGAUGUUUUUGCACUGAAAUCCUGAGACCAGCUCAAAGCCAGUAUUUGACACAGAAUGCAGUUCGAAACAUUACCAUUUUUUAAAUGAGUGAAAGGAAAAUAUCCAAUCCUUCCUUUCAUAGACAUGGUUGUCUCAGUCCCAGAAGAGGAGGCACAUUUUGUCUGAUUUAGUUAAAUCAAUUUUGUAUCAUAUGUUUUUGCCCUUUAAAAACCUACUUCAUAUGAUCUCUUUAUUGUUUGUUAACAUUGAUAGAUUAAAGGGUAUGGGAGCUGUAUUGCUGACACUAAUUGCGUACCUUUCCUUCUAAUGAUCUUGGUUUAUAAUAUUAAAAAAAUCUAUUCUGAAUCAUA